AGGAAACCCACGUUCUCUUUAUCCAAUCUACUCUGUCUCACCUACUACAAUUGUUUUGUCCUUUUCUUCUGAAAAUUGUUGAGACCCGCAGACACAUCGAGUAAAAAAGUCGAAUAAAUCAUUAAUUUGAGGAAUAGGAAUCCGUUUUAGGCUGAGCAGAGUCCCAAAAACAAUUACUAAUAAUUCAAUGUGUAGAUAAGGCUGAUUGUUGAGGCAUUUUAUAUAUAUAUAUAUAUAUCCUAUUAUAUUUAGCAUCUGUCUGAGCAUAGCCGUCGAGAAAGACUCAACCUUUAGUCGGAAGUUGGUUCCUGUUGGGGUACUCAGGACCAAAAUUCAGACAUUCCAUUCUUUGAACAAUCCACAUAAAUUGGGUAAGUAUCUAAAUGGGGUCUGAAGGUCCUACUGCUGCUGUAACUAUCCAUGUGACAGGAUUUAAAAAAUUCCAUGGAGUUACAGAAAAUCCAACCGAGACUAUUGUGAGCAAUCUCGAAGCUUUUAUGAACAAACGGGGUCUGCCAAAAGGGUUAAUCCUAGGAAGUUGCACAAUUCUUGAAACAGCGGGUCAUGGAGCUCUUGUUUCUUUAUACCAAACAUUGCAAUCUGCUGUGAGCAUGAAUGCCGACAUGCCAAAUUCGGGUAGUGUUAUUUGGGUUCAUUUUGGGGUAAAUAGUGGAGCAACAAGAUUUGCUUUAGAGAACCAAGCUUUUAAUGAAGCUACUUUCCGUUGCCCGGAUGAGAUGGGAUGGAAGCCUCAGAAAGUUGCCAUUGUUCCAGCAGAUGGUGGGAUUUCACGAAUUCGGGAGACUGCCCUUCCGGUUGAGGACAUUGCAAAAUCGCUGGCUAAAAUGGGGUAUGAAGUGACGACCUCAGACGAUGCUGGCCGGUUUGUGUGCAACUAUGUGUACUAUCACUCUUUGCGUUUUGCCGAAGAGAAUGGGAUAAAGUCGGUGUUUGUGCACGUGCCUCUCUUCUCGACAAUAGAUGAGGCCACCCAGAUGCAAUUUGUGGCUUCCCUUUUGGAGAUACUAGCCUCUUUGUAUAUUUAAUUAGCUCUGGUGAUGGUGAAUAAAUCCUAAUAUGUAUACAUAUUUAUAUUUGUGUGUGCAAAGAUGGACAGUCUCUCAGAAUGCAGUUAAUAACAACAGUUUGGGUGGAUGAAGGUUAGACGCUUUCUGGACAUUAUUACAUGUUGCUUUCUUUUCACAUAUUUUUUAACAAUAAAGUUAAAUCUUUGGCAGGCCCGACGAUUAAUCACAUAUUUUUUUUUUAACAUAUAUGCAUACUUUCACAUUGAAAUGUCAUACUUCAAAGAAUAAUAUAAAUAAAAAUAUGUCAUUUUGAAAUAUAAAUAUUAAUUUUUG